AUGUGGAGGGCAGCCCUUACAGAGUUAGUAGCAACUGCCGCCCUAGUGUUCUCCCUUACCACUACCAUUAUCGCAUGCUUGGAAUCACACGAGGUCGAUCCCAAGCUUCUUGUCCCGCUCGCCGUCUUCAUCAUAGCCUUCCUAUUCCUCAUGGCGACAGUUCCUCUAUCCGGUGGUCACAUGAGCCCGGUUUUCACUUUCAUUGCAGCUCUCAAAGGUGUUGUAACUCUUGCUCGUGCUUCCGUCUAUCUCUUGGCCCAAUGUCUUGGUUCAAUAACGGCUUUUCUCAUAAUUAAACAUGUCAUGGACGCUCAAACAGCUCAGAAAUAUUCCUUAGGGGGCUGCACAAUUGGUGGAAAUGGAGCAAUGUCUGCACUCAGCCAAGAGACUGCAUUAAUCUUAGAGUUUUUCUGCACAUUUGUGGUACUCUUUGUGGGUGUGACAGUAGCAUUUGACAAGAAAAGGUGCAAGGAACUUGGCUUGCCACUGGUCUGUGUGGUGGUGGCAGGGGCCAUGGCACUAGCAGUGUUUGUAUCAGUAACAGUCACCGGACAUGCUGGUUAUGCAGGUGUGGGUCUGAACCCUGCAAGGUGCCUGGGCGCAGCACUGUUUCAAGGAGGCCAUUUGUGGGAUGGGCACUGGGUUUUCUGGGUUGGGCCAUUUUUGGCCUGUAUUGUUUAUUAUGGUUACUCCGUGAACUUGCCAAAGGAGGGUUUGGUAUGGGUAGAGGGGGAGCAUGACAUUUUAAGGUUAGCUGGGACUUUUUUUGGGGGAAGUGGCAGUCCCAGUACUUAUUCUCAAGCGAAAGUUUAA